GGGCGGAGUCAUUUCAACAGACGGUCAGCCAACACAAGGAAAGUCACCCACACUACUUGCUGCAUGAGCUCGUAACUUGUAUUUUAACGAGAAGAGUUAUUAUUUCACAGAAUUUCUCCAGUCGAGGUUGAUCCGUAUUCCACCGCUGCCAACAUGUCGGAUUUAGAGAGACUGAAGAUGACCGGCGCUGGGAAAGCUAUCGCCUUGUUGACAAGUGGCGGAGAUGCACAAGGAAUGAAUGCAGCUGUCCGCGCUGUGACCCGGAUGGGGAUAUUUGUUGGAGCCAAGAUGUAUCUCGUAUAUGAGGGCUACCAGGGUCUGGUGGAUGGAGGGGACAACAUCAAGCUGGCCCACUGGCAGAGUGUCACCAACAUCAUACAGCAGGGUGGCACGGUGAUCGGCAGUGCUCGCUGUAAGGUCUUCACCACGCGGGACGGUCGCCUGGCAGCAGCCUUUAACCUGGUGAAGAGAGGCAUCGCCAAUCUGUGUGUGUGUGGAGGAGACGGCAGCCUCACCGGCGCUAACAUCUUCAGGACCGAGUGGACUGGACUGCUGGCUGAACUGGUUCAGAAAGGCCGGAUCACCGACACCCUAGCGAAGCAGCAUGAUCACCUGAACAUCGUAGGGUUGGUUGGAUCUAUAGACAACGACUUCUGUGGGACAGACAUGACCAUAGGCGCUGACUCCGCCCUGCAUCGCAUCAUGGAGAUAGUGGACGCCAUCACUACCACCGCACAGAGCCACCAGCGUGCCUUUGUCCUGGAGGUCAUGGGACGUCACUGUGGGUAUCUAGCAUUGGUGUCUGCUCUGGCCUCCGGAGCAGACUGGCUCUUCAUCCCAGAGGCUCCACCAUUAGAGGGCUGGGAGGACCACAUGUGUGCCCGCCUGGAGCAUAGUCGCAGUAAGGGCUCCAGACUGAACAUAGUAAUCAUCGCUGAAGGGGCCAUCAACAGAGCUGGUGAACCGAUCUCUUCAAACUACGUCAAGGAUCUGGUAGUGAAGAGGCUGGGCUAUGACACCCGGGUGACAGUCCUAGGUCAUGUACAGCGAGGGGGAACACCCUCCGCCUUCGACCGGGUGCUGAGCAGUAAGGUGGGAGUGGAGGCUGUCGUCGCUCUGUUAGAGGCCACUCCAGAGACCCCAGCCUGUGUCAUCGGCCUGUCAGGAAACCAGGCUGUCCGCCUGCCUCUUGUGGAGUGUGUACAGAUGACUAAAGAGGUUCAGAAGGCCAUGAAUGAAAAGAGGUUUGAUGAAGCCAUCCAACUGAGAGGAAGGAGCUUCGAGAACAACUGGAACAUAUACAAACUGCUUGCCUUUCAGAAGCCUGCUGUUACCAAGAGCAACCACACGCUGGCGGUGCUGAAUGUGGGUGCUCCAGCAGCAGGGAUGAAUGCAGCGGUCCGGUCGGCUGUCAGAGUGGCGCUGGCCUACGGUCACAAGGUCUACUCUGUCAAUGACGGCUUCGAGGGGUUGGCCAAUGGAGCGGUGACAGAGAUCGAGUGGCACGGUGUGGCUGGAUGGACUGGCCAGGGUGGAUCUCUUCUGGGGACUAAACGAACCCUUCCUAGUACUUGCAUGCAGAAGAUCGUGGACACCAUCAACAAGCAUAAUAUCCAGGCUCUGCUGAUCGUUGGGGGAUUUGAGGCGUACGAGGGCGUGCUGGAGUUGUAUGAUGCUCGCGGUAGCUUUGACGAGUUGUGUAUCCCCAUGGUGGUGAUCCCUGCCACCAUCAGUAACAACGUACCCGGGACAGACUUCAGUCUGGGGGCAGACACGGCUGUCAACGCUGCCAUGGAGAGUUGUGAUAAGAUUAAGCAGUCGGCUACAGGGACCAAGAGAAGGGUGUUCGUAGUGGAAACUAUGGGAGGCUACUGUGGUUACCUGGCAACCUACGCCGGUAUCGCUGUGGGAGCAGACGCUGCUUACAUCUUUGAGGACCCCUUCAACCUCCAGGACCUAAAGACUAACGUGGAGCAUCUCGCAGAGAAGAUGAAGGAAGACAUCCAGAGGGGUCUGGUGCUGAGGAAUGAGAAGUGUCACCUUCACUACACCACUGAUUUCAUCCACAAGCUGUAUUCUGCCGAGGGGAAGGGCAUCUUCGACUGUAGGGUCAACGUGCUGGGGCACCUCCAGCAGGGAGGUGCACCAACACCCUUCGACAGAAACUGUGGCACCAAGCUGGGUGUGAAGGCUGUGCAGUGGCUCACUGAGAAGAUGAUCAACAACUUCAGACAAGGUCGUGUGUUCGUCAACGCCCCAGACACAGCGUCUGUCAUCGGCUUCAGUAAGAAGGUCCUGUCCUUCAUCCCUGUGACUGAACUUAAGGCACAGACUGACUUUGAGCACCGGAUGCCCAAGGUCCAGUGGUGGCAGAACCUGCAUCAGAUUCUGAAGAUGUUGGCCAAGCACCAGACCAGCUUCAGCGAGUACGUCCCUGGAGAGAUGGAACAUGUGACCCGACGCUCUCUCAGCAUCGACACUGGCUUCUAGAACACAUAUUAACCCUGGAAUGGAGACACCGGCUUCUAGAACACAUACUAACCCUGGACUGUAGACACCGGCUUCUAGAACACACACUAACCCUGGACUGUAGACACCGGCUUCUAGAACACACACUAACCCUGGACUGUAGGCACCGGCUUCUAGAACACAUACUAACCCUGGACUGUAGACACCGGCUUCUAGAACACAUACUAACCCUGGACUGUAGACACCGGCUUCUAGAACACAUACUAACCCUGGACUGUAGACACCGGCUUCUAGAACACAUACUAACCCUGGACUGUAGACACCGGCUUCUAGAACACAUACUAACCCUGGACUGUAGACACCGGCUUCUAGAACACACACUAACCCUGGACUGUAGACAUCGGCUUCUAGAACACAUACUAACCCUGGACUGUAGACACCGGCUUCUAGAACACAUACUAACCCUGGACUGUAGACACCGGCUUCUAGAACACAUACUAACCCUGGACUGUAGACACCGGCUUCUAGAACACACACUAACCCUGGACUGUAGACACCGGCUUCUAGAACACAUACUAACCCUGGACUGUAGACACCGGCUUCUAAGCACUGGGCUCCAACCCUGGAAUGUCACUCCCAACUUGUCUGUCUUCCCUGUUUAUCUAAAGAGGGGCCCUCAUAUCUGUACUGUGUCUGAGACUACCUAGACAUCAGGUCCUUAUAUCUGUAAUGUGUCUGAGACUACCUAGACAUCAGGUCCUUAUAUCUGUACUGUGUCUGAGACUACCUAGACAUCAGGUCCUUAUAUCUGUACUGUGUCUGAGACUAGCUAGACAUCAGGUCCUUAUAUCUGUACUGUGUCUGAGACUACCUAGACAUCAGGUCCUUAUAUCUGUACUGUGUCUGAGACUACCUAGACAUCAGGUCCUUAUAUCUGUACUGUGUCUGAGACUACCUAGACAUCAGGUCCUUAUAUCUGUACUGUGUCUGAGACUACCUAGACAUCAGGUCCUUAUAUCUGUACUGUGUCUGAGACUACCUAGACAUCAGGUCCUUAUAUCUGUACUGUGUCUGAGACUACCUAGACAUCAGGUCCUUAUAUCUGUACUGUGUCUGAGACUACCUAGACAUCAGGUCCUUAUAUCUGUACUGUGUCUGAGACUACCUAGACAUCAGGUCCUUAUAUCUGUACUGUGUCUGAGACUACCUAGACAUCAGGUCCUUAUAUCUGUACUGUGUCUGAGACUACCUAGACAUCAGGUCCUUAUAUCUGUACUGUGUCUGAGACUACCUAGACAUCAGGUCCUUAUAUCUGUACUGUGUCUGAGACUACCUAGACAUCAGGUCCUUAUAUCUGUACUGUGUCUGAGACUACCUAGACAUCAGGUCCUUAUAUCUGUACUGUGUCUGAGACUACCUAGACAUCAGGUCCUUAUAUCUGUAAUGUGUCUGAGACUACCUAGACAUCAGGUCCUUAUAUCUGUACUGUGUCUGAGACUACCUAGACAUCAGGUCCUUAUAUCUGUACUGUGUCUGAGACUACCUAGACAUCAGGUCCUUAUAUCUGUACUGUGUCUGAGACUACCUAGACAUCAGGUCCUUAUAUCUGUACUGUGUCUGAGACUACCUAGACAUCAGGUCCUUAUAUCUGUACUGUGUCUGAGACUACCUAGACAUCAGGCCCUUAUAUCUGUAAUGUGUCAGACUACCUAGACGUCAGGCCCAGGUCUAGUACACCAGAUGAAACUGCUAUUUGGUCUAUACUGGUCACUAGUCUAUACUGGAUUAAAGACUAUUCUGGUCACUAUUUGGUCUAUACUGGUUUAAAGGCUAUUCUGGUCGCUAGUCUAUACUGGUUUAAAGACUAUUCUGGUCACUAGUUGGUCUGUACUGGUUUAAAGACUAUUCUGGUCACUAGUUUGUCUGUACUGGUUUAAAGACUACUGGUCACUAGUCUAUACUGGUUUAAAGGCUAUUCUGGGCACUAGUUGGUCUGUACUGGUCACUUUGGUCUAUACUGGUUUAAAGACUAUACUGGUCACUAGUCUAUACUGGUUUAAAGGCUAUUCUGGUCACUAGUUGGUCUAUACUGGUUUAAAGGCUAAUCUGGUCACUAGUUGGUCUAUACUGGUUUAUUCUUUGCCAUUGUAAGGAAAAUGUUGUGGUUGUGUUGUGCGACAAUCCAUCUGUUUUGUCAUCUUGUGGGACCCUGUCAUGUGUGUGCCUUGUCAUGUGUGUGCCUACAUGUAAUCCUGAACAAAUCACUGACGCCUAUACAGUCAAUGUAGAACACUGGAAAUCAGCUAUUACUAUUCUGGAUGUGUCUGUCUGUACAAGAUGUUAGGAAUAGCAAUAGCCGCCAAAAUAGAAAUGUGAAUUAAUGUCAUUGUGAUUAAAGAUGCAAUAUAAAGUAACGUCAUAAAUAAAAACAUUUGAAAGUU